AUGAGAACCACAAACGGCUGGUCCAGUCUUUUGGUCGCUUCUGUUGACGCAGCUCUUAUGCGACGCGAUUCCGUAUGGAUUGUUUCCGUAUCUCCUCUUUCAGGAAGCGGAAGCAAUAUGCCGGACCUGGAAGCCCAGGCAGGGAGCAAGAGAGUCUACGUCAGCCAAAGCGAGUACAGCGAGGCUCUUACAAAGGCAUUGUACAACCCGCAACUGCUCCACGGCGCCAAUAACUUUCUCGUCUCCAACUAUGAGGAUCUCAUUCAGGCUGAUGAUGUCCUGUCGGCCGAACCAAAAAGGGCGUUAUGUGUGAAAAAGGUUUUCUAUCCACGCACUGCGGCCGUGUGGUUUGGUCUAGCGCUUUUCCUCUCCACUGCCAUAGGACUCACUGCGGGUAUUGUUAGUCACGAUCUAAUGCUUGGGUUUGCUGCUGGUACGGGUUCUUUGGCUAUUCUCGGUGCUAUACAGGGGGCUUUAGUUUGGCAGGCUCGCUCAACCGGCAAGUAA